UUCCAGCCUGCCCAACCCGCCCACCAGUCUGAGCUGCUGUUGCUGAGGCUGGUCUGCUGGAAGUCUCCGGGAGAGAGGGAAAGACAGCCUGCAGUUUGGAGUCAAGGAGAAUCAUGAGGUCCAGGGAUGAACCGUGCAGUCUCUUAGGCGGACUCUCAUUCCUCCUGCUACUGAUGUCAGUCCAGGGGGCCAAGGGUGGAUCCCUCAAAGAGAGCCAGGGGGUCUGCUCCAGGCAGAUGCUCGUGGUCCCCCUCCAUUACAACGAGUCCUACAGCCAACCAGUGUAUAAGCCCUACCUGACCGUGUGUGAUGGAAGACGCAUCUGCAGCACCUACAGGACCACAUACCGUGUGGCGUGGAGGGAGGUGAGGAGGGAGGUGCCGCAGACCCACGUCGUGUGCUGCCAGGGCUGGAAGAAGCGGCAUCCAGGGGCCCUCACCUGUGAUGCCAUUUGUGCCAAGCCGUGUCAGAACCGAGGCGUCUGCGUUAGGCCAGAGCAGUGCGAGUGCGCUCCAGGCUGGGGUGGGAAGCACUGUCAUGUGGACGUGGAUGAAUGUAGGACUGGUGUUGCCCUCUGCUCGCACCGUUGCCUCAAUACCGCAGGCAGCUUCACUUGUGGCUGUCCUCAAGGCCUGGUGCUGGGUCUGGACAGGCGCACCUGCACAGAGGGCGCCCCGGAGCCCCCAACUGGUGCCAACAUCCUCAGUGUGGCAGUUCGGGAAGCAGAACAAGAUGAGCAUGCCCUGAGACAGGAGAUUUGGGAGCUUCAAGGGCGCCUGGAGCGGCUGGAGCAGUGGGCAGGUCAGGCCGGGGCCUGGGUCCGAGCCAUGCUGCCCAUGCCACCUGAAGAGCUACAGCCAGAACAGGUGGCAGAGCUAUGGGGCCGCGGCGACAGGAUCGAGUCUCUCAGCGACCAAGUGCUGCUGCUGGAGGAGAGGCUAGGUGCCUGCUCCUGUGAGGACAACAGCCUGGGCCCAGGCCUCAAUCUCAAUCGGCGGCCAAUAAGGAACCCCUCCAGAGCCCCUGCCCCGUAAUUUAUACAGAAACUGGCCCCACUAAUCCUCUGGGAUUGGCCAGCUGGGGAAGCGAAGAUAAGGUUAUCUGCCACUAAGGAGCAAUGAGUGACGGAAACUUACGAGAGCUGAAGGAAGGGGGAAAGAUGGGUGCCUUGGGCCCACCCCUGAGUCUUCUGGCUGGGGGAGGUGGCCUAGGCAAGAACCACUUCUGUGCCUUAACAAAUGCAGCCAGAAAGUGCCCAGAUCUCUCUCUCUCUCUCUCUCAAUCUUUAUUCUCGGGUUUCUUGCUGUUAUCCAGAUAAUUAAUAAAAACCACACAAAACUGGG